GACACUAAUAAUGUAAUCGUUUCUAAUGAUGAAGUUAAUAAUACUGUGAACCUACUUGAUUCCUUUGAUGAUGAAGACAAUUCAGAAACUAGUAAGUUGGCACUGCCUAAAGUAUCUGAAGUUAAAAAUUUAAAUAAAAUAGUUUUUAUACCAACUCCUUGGCCAAUAAAAAUAUUUCCUGGCUACAAUGAAGAGGUUUUAAAUAAAUUGAAAAACUUUGUGGCUAACAAGACAUUACAAGAUCUAGUUCAUACAAAUGAGAAUAAAUUGUGCCCUAUUCGUAUAGAUGAUUUAUUAAGAGUAUUUAUGCCAGACAAUUGGUUAAAUGAUCUCGUAAUUCAAUAUUACUUAGAACUUUUGAUCAACAGUUCUAAGAAUAAAAUAUUGAAUUUGACAUCAUUUUUCAUGGAGAGUAUAAAGACUCAUAAUAAAGUUCCUGAAAAAUGUUAUAAAAAUAAAAAUAUAUUUAGUUACGAUAAAAUUAUAGUACCUGUGUUUAAUAAUAAUCAUUGGACCUUAAUUGUAGUGGACAUUCGGGCGCGUGAAAUAAUUCAUUUUAAUAGUUUUGAUUUCAUACUUCAUAAUGAAAUUUCAAUAAUGAAACUUUUUUUAAAACUUGCGUAUGAAGAUCAAAAGCAACCAGGUGAUGAAGAUGAAAUUUUUUGGACUGAUUGUAAUGGGAACUCUCCCAUACAAAAUAAUCAAAAUGAUUGUGGUGUAUUUAUAUGUACAAAUGCUAGAUAUAGAUUAUUAGACAAACCAUCAAAUUUCAGCCAGGAAGAUAUUCCCCUUUUAAGACAGCGUAUUACUUAUGAAAUAGUAUAUAACAUAUUAUUACCAACUUAAUAUUUUUUUUUUACAAACAGCCAGUGUUAAAAUCUUUUUUUUUACUUGUGUAAUUAUAUCUUAAUAAGCUCCCAUUAUCAAUUUGCUCAGUUUUCGAUUUUUUUAUGAUGUUAUAUAUUAUUUAUAUACAUUGUGAUGUUGACUGUUAAAAUUUAAAUGUAACCUGUUGGUGAAAGAUGGCUAGUUGCAUUUUGUUUUUGUAAUAAAUUUGAUGAGUUUUAGUCUUAAGACUGCUAUUCAUGUAAAUUGUGAGACUGAAUAAUGUCUUUAGUACACUAGAUACAAGUGCCUCUUGUGUAUUUUGUCUGAAGGCUUUUAUAAUCAUUACCUCAUCAAAUGAUUAUUUUUAAUAUCGAUCAUUUGAAUUGUUUUAUUUUACAUAUUUAUU